UCACUUUCACUUCGCGCGUAAAGUGUUGGUGGACGGUCCCUUGGCCCGCAAACAGCCGCAGAGCGCAGCCGCUCACUCAGUCCGGCCAGUGCAACAACAACACUGCAUGGAUGACGGCGCACUUGACCGACGCAGGGAAUCACUUCACCGCUUCACACGAGCCGUGUACGUCCGUUCGAGCUGGAUUUACAACACCUCACCUCACUUCAACUUCACACGAAUACAUCCGCUGCCUACAGCCGUGAGCGAGACAUGUCACCGUGAAGCUACAGCCUCCAUCUUCGCUGCAAUAAAACCAUGAAGAGAUGACCGGCGUGUAGCGCUGACAGGCAAGUGUCUGCGCUAACAGCAGAGGAGCUGACGGUAAAUGAGAGGCCGUCACCAUGCCCCCGGGGAAGUAUGGGAUGCAGGAGGAAUGGGAGAAGGAUGGGGACCAGGAGAUCGUGAUGGACUUCCUGCUGCCGACUGGGAUCUUUCUCAAAUUCCCUGUGUCUCCAAAUGACACCAUCAAAACCCUAAAAAAAAUGGUUUGGAAAAAUGCCAGAAGCGAGGCCCUUUUCAGUGCUCUGGGGGAUCCUGACGCAUACGUCUUCACCUGCAUCAACCAGACGGCAGAGAGGGAGGAACUGGAGGAAGAAUCGAGGCGCAUAAGCGACAUACGGCCCUUCAUGUGUGUUCUGAGGCUGGUGGCGAGGGAGGGCGACCGAGUGAAGAAACUCACCAACACACAAAUCAGCUGGUUGAUAGGCAAAGGUUUGCAUGAAUUUGAGGCCCAGAAGAACCACGAGGUGAACGAGUUUCGGACGAAGAUGCGUGCAUUUUGCGAAGAGAAGGCUCAGGAGCGGCAGAUGUUGCCAUGGCAGCAGUGGAUGGAGUACAGCUUCCCGUGCGACCUGGAGCCAUGCUGCACUCCGCCAGAGUUUGGGAAAGUGAAGUCAAAAAACACCAAGAAAGCUUUCAUCAAUGUCAAGUUUGAGGCUUGCGAUGAAAGCUUCAUGCUGCAGCAAGACCCUCAGGACCUCCCAAUGACUCUGAUUAGGAGCGCCCUGAAGAAGAAAGCCCACGUCUUUCGCUCAGUGCGACAGGAGCCAGAGGACUUCACUUUGCAGGUCAACGGGAAGUGGGAGUUCAUCUAUGGGAAACAUCCCAUCUGCCAGUUCAAAUACAUCUUCUUGUGUCUGAGAAAUGGCCAAAACCCUCACCUAACCAUGGUGCACCACUCCACCAUCCAGAAAUUUCAGAAUGCACAGGGCCUAAUGUGCAGCCAGAUAUACAGAAAUCGCUCCUUGUCCAGGCCUCCUCCCCUGCCCCUUAAGAAGCAGAACACCUCUUCUCUAUGGUCCAUCAAUGAACCUUUCUACAUUCACCUGCUGCAGGGCAGCCGAGUCAACGCAGACGAAGGAAUGAAGCUUGUGGUGCAGGCUGGCCUCUUCCAUGGCAGCGAAUUCCUCUGUAAGGUGGUGACAACCUCGGAGGUGACUGUGUGCUCUGAGCCGCUGUGGGAUCAGAAGCUGGAGUUUGACAUAAACGUGGCUGACCUGCCUCGCAUGAGCCGCCUGUGCUUCGCGCUCUAUGCUGUCAUUGAGAAAACCAAGAAACCCCGCGGCACUAAAAAGAAGCAUAAGAAAGCGGAUUGUCCGAUAGCCUGGGUGAACACCAUGGUGUUCGACUACAAGGACCAGCUGAAGACCGGGGAGUUCCUCUUGUCCACGUGGCCAUCUGUUCCUGAUGACAAAAGCGACAUGUUGAUUCCGAUGGGGACAGUCGAGAAGAACCCAAACGUGGACAGUGCUGCCGGGCUUCUCAUUCGCUUCCCUAACAUCCGGCCACAUCCUCUCUAUUACCCUCCGUUGGACAAGGUGGGUGACAUGGAGAAGAACGGGGAUGCAGCUAUUGCCACAAAAGAAGAGUUUAUGAAACUAAAAGAAAUCAUGGACGACAAAAACCACACAGAGAUCUUUGAGGACGAGAAGGAGCUCUUGUGGAAGCUCCGCACAGACGUCCGCGACCAUUAUCACGAAAGUCUGUCCAAGCUGCUCCUCGUCACCAAGUGGAAUCGGCACGAGGACGUAGUUCAGAUGGUGGGUUUACUGAGUAACUGGCGGGACCUCCCUGCCAUUAAUGCCUUGGAGCUCUUGGACUACAGUUUUCCCGAUCCAGCCGUCCGCUCUUUCACAAUCCGAUGCCUCAGGAAGCUCAGUGAUGAUGAACUGCUACAGUACUUAAUCCAGCUGGUCCAGGUUCUGAAGUACGAGUCCUACUUGGACUGUGACCUCACCACUUUCCUGCUAGAAAGGGCUUUGUCCAAUUGGAGGAUUGGACACUUUCUGUUUUGGCAUCUCAGGUCAGAGAUUCACGUGGCGUCUGUGAGUUUGCGUUUUGGCCUGAUUUUGGAGGCCUACUGCAGGGGAAACAUCCACCACAUCAAGAUUUUGACCAAACAGAACGAGGCUCUGGGCAAAAUGAAGGCCCUGAGUGACUUUGUCAAGUCAGGCUCCCAGAAGAUGACAGCGGAUGCCCUGAAGCUGUGUAUCAGACAGGAGUCCUACCUGGAGGCUCUGUCAGACCUGCUGUCACCACUCAACCCCAGCAUCAUCCUUGCUGAGAUCUGCCCAGACAAGUGCAGGUAUAUGGACUCCAAGAUGAAGCCGAUCUGGCUGAUGUAUAACCCCAGGGUUCAGGAAGACAUGGUGGGCAUCAUCUUCAAGAACGGAGAUGAUCUUCGACAAGACAUGUUGACCCUCCAGAUGAUCCAGCUCAUGGAGAAUUUAUGGAAGAAAGAAGGCCUGGAUCUCAGGAUGAUCCCAUAUGGCUGCUUGUCCACCGGGAACAAGAUGGGGCUCAUCGAGGUCGUGAAGAACUCCGACACCAUCGCAAACAUCCAGCGUAACAGCAGCAACAGUGCCGCCACCGCUGCUUUCAACAAGGAUGCCCUGCUCAACUGGCUCAAAUCUAAGAAUCCUGAGGACAAACUUGAGCAAGCAAUAGAAGAGUUCACCCUGUCCUGCGCUGGCUACUGUGUAGCUACUUACGUCCUGGGCAUUGGAGAUCGUCACAAUGACAAUAUCAUGAUCCGGGAAACUGGACAGCUGUUUCACAUUGAUUUUGGGCAUUUCUUGGGCAACUUCAAGAGGAAACUGGGGAUCAACCGGGAGCGUGUGCCUUUUAUCUUGACUUAUGACUUUGUCCAUGUGAUCCAACAAGGAAGGACGAACAACAGUGAGAAGUUUGAGAGGUUCAGAGAGUACUGCGAGCGGGCCUACAAGAUCCUGUGCCGGAACGGGACGCUAUUCGUCAACCUCUUUGCUAUGAUGAAGGCAGCAGGAUUGCCAGAGCUCACAUCCUGCAAAGACAUCCAGUAUUUAAAGGACUCUCUAGCUUUGGGCAAAUCAGAGGAAGAGGCACUGAAGAAUUUCAAAGUGAAGUUCAAUGAAGCUCUGCGAGAAAGCUGGAAGACGAAGGUCAACUGGAUGAUGCACUCCUUGGCCAAAGAUAAUCGACCGUGAAGAACACUGUACCAAGGAAACCUGAAGGCCGACCAAACAUUAUGGAUUUUAACUUAUUGAGAAAAAAGGGAAGAAAACACAAUCAAAUAUUUUACUUUAUUGUGGCAUUCAAAGACACUCAGCAUAUGUUUACAUCUGACUGGCCUGUCUGUGCUAAAUAACUACUAAGUGGAGGCAUCCAGACAUGAUACAAACAUGGGAAUGCCUUUGACUCGAGGACAUAUUGUAUCAUCAAAAAUCAUAAACAAGCUUUUGAUGUGUUAAAAUUGCUACUUGAAAACCACCUGCACGUGCAAAAGUGUCCGGAAACACAAGCAGGGGCCGAAUGUUCAUCUCACCGACUGCGUCGCUCAGCAGGGAGCAAACUUUACGAUGACUUUAGGCGAAACCGUUUAGUCACGGAGUUCAAUAACAGGGCGACAGUUUCACCUCAAGUCUUUUUUACGGUUAUGACCCUCGACGGCUGUUUGUCAUUUCCUCUCAUUUCAACAGCCAUCUUUGCAAUUGUGUCUUGUUUAUUUUAGUGUAUUUUAUUUAACUCUGUAGCUCUGAAUUACUUGUACAAAACUCUGAAGGAUAUUUUAGAAAGAUGUGUUUUACUGCUGUUUUGAUGUGUAUGUUGCCUUUGGAGUGCCAGUAGACAGGAAGCAAUGUAACAUUUACAAUUUAUUGUAAGGUGAGGAAAUAGCUUUAAAUGGGGCCUUUAUUUUGGAAACGUUCCUUUGUACCAGGCUGUGUAACUUAGCAGACCCUGACCAAACCGGUAAAUGCACUUAUUUUCUUUGUUAGUGAGAGUUAGAUGAGAAGUUUGAUGCCACUUUUGCGUCAGUCCAUUAAAUGUGAAGCUGGCCUUGGUGUAUCAUAGUUUUAGUUUGGCUUAGUUGGGCCUUAAAGACUGGUAACCAGGAGAAACAGUAGCCUGGCUCUGUCGGGACGUAACAAAAUAACAAACGUACAUCUUUUUAGAGGUGCUGUUAUACAGUAGGUGGAUUGUUUUUACCUUUUGGACAGAGCCAGGCUCGAGGUUUCAGUCUGUUCCCAGUCUUUAUGAUAAGCCUAGCUAACAGUCUUCUGGCAUCAGCGUCAUAUUUAAAGAAUAUUUCAAUUUAUGAGAGUGGCAUACAUUUUCUUGUCCAACUUUCAGCAAGAAAUUGAAUAGGUGUAUUUCCCAAAAUGUUCAAUACUUACUUUAAUGACAGCAUUCGUAACUUAUAAAAAGUAAUGAUCACAGGCACUAGGCAAAGGUGUAUAGAUGUUUGCUCAAAGACUGAGGAUAAUAUUGAAAACAUGAGGCAUUACAACCCAAAUAAGAAUCUCGUAUUAGCCACAGACUUGUUUUUGUGUUUCUCAAAAUGUGGCUUUUCAAAGUGUAAAUCUUGUGUGUGUGUGUGUGUGUGUGUGCGUCUGCGUGCACAUGUGUGUGUGCGUCUGCGUGCAUGUGUGUUUGUGCCUGUGUUUUCUGAUAUUUAAGUUAUGCACUGUGAUUUCGAUUGCAUUUCUUUAAACUGAUGUGCCAUGAAAGAGAUUUCAUGCUUGUACUGUCUAACACCUCUAUACUCGUGUGCUGUAUGAUUCAAUUUUAUGGUGCGUUCCAAAUACUUAACAUGCUGAAUAUCUUUCUGUCAGUUAUGCAAAGAUGAUGAUGUGCUUUUAAUUUUUUAUUUUGCACAUUUCAAAUGAUCUCUACUGUUUGUAUGAAUCGCUGUACAUUUUCACAUCCUUAAGCUACUGAAAUAUUCACUGUUGAAUAGGCUUUAAAUAUGGGUCAUCAUGUCCCUCAGUAUUGGUUCAGCUACACUGCUGCUUUAAGCCUGGAGGAGUUAGUCUUUAGUUCAUGAGCUACUUUUGCAAAUUGUAAAGUAUACUGCUGCUGCCUUUUGAAUUGAUUGUAAUUUGUGAAUUCUGUCAAAUGGUACAAAUAGAUGAAAGGUCAGGCGUUAUUGACAUGUGUGCAGCUAAAGCUGAUCAAUCAUCCUGUCAGCUUAGGUCCGAUGUAGACCUGUCCUUUAUCUGCAUCCUGAUUACAUUUGGUUCACUUGCUGUCGGGAGGAAAACAUUCACUUAAUAAACAGUUUGCAAAAGCAGA